AUGAGACCGAAAUCACAAUAGACACAGAUGCUAGAUAAUCAUAGUAAUUUUGCAUCUUUAUUAUUCUCGAGAGCUUUAAUUCAAGUGAAUUAUCACGCCAACAUGAAAAGAGUGCCAAUAACAGUGUUUUGUCCUCAAUGUAAAUACAAGGGAACAACAGUUAUUAUACGUGAAGUUGGAGCAGCUACAAUAAUGGUCGGUUAUUUACUAUUCUUAUUAACGACAAUAUUUUGCUUUUGGAUCCCUUGCUGUGUAGAUGAAUGUCAAGAUGCUAUACAUUAGUGUCCACACUGUAAGGCCGAAGUAGGGAUAGGCCCUUAUUAAAUUCUUUGA